AUGGUUAAUCAACUUCCAGAAAUCGGUUCUUACUCCUACUCAACAGUUGGAACACCUCGGCUUUGUAUUGAAUACCAAGUCCAUGACAGCCCGACUCCCUACAACCAAACUGAGGGACAUUCGUCGUUCAAUCAAGCAGGUACUCGACAAGCCGCAUCGGCAGUCUCCCAGGGUUAUUCACAGCCUGACAAUGAGGAUACAAGCGGCAACAUUUGCGAUAUUCCCAGCUCGUCUGUACACCCGUCACCUCUUAUUCUUCAAGAAUCAGUCAGUGAAAUCAGACGUGGAUUGGGAUCGUCCUCGCCCGUUGGAUCAAGCAAGUCUGGAAGAACUUCAAUGGUGGUAUGUCAAUAUCCGCAAGUGGAACGGUCGGUCAAUGCUCCCAUCAACGCCCAAUCAGACAAUGUUCGUGGACGCCAGCGAUACUGGAUGGGGUUGCUCAUGGAAGACUCAGCGGGCCCAUGGUUACUGGACAGCGGAAGAGGCAGCCCAAUCGAUCAACUGGAGGGAACUACAAGCUGCAUUCAUAGCCCUCAGAACUUUCCAUCUGCCGCCGAAUUCAACAGUGCUAAUCCGGACAGACAACACAACCAGCUUAUCCUACAUCAACAAGCAAGGCGGAACUCGUUCUCUUCCGCUGAUGGAAUUAGCAACACAGGUAUGGACAUGGUGUCUCCGCAAUCGCAUAAUGAUUCAGGCGCAACACAUCCAGGGCAUACACAACAGGAUCGCAGACUUCGAGUCUCAGCGCCAGUAUUUCAAGAAUCAAUGGAUGAUCAAGCCGCAGAUAUUUCAACAGAUACAGCAAGCUUGGGGACUUUUUUCCAUCGAUCUAUUCGCGGACAGGACUACGAAGUUGCUACCAAAGUACAUGUCAUGGAUGCCGGAUCCAGACGCUCUAUAUACGGAUGCGUUAUCGAUAACAUGAACCAACUUCCGGAAUCCCUUCGUAAAUCCUCCUUGGAAUUUCAUCACACGAUGAGUAUUGAACAAGGUCAGGCAAGAACGGCUUUCCUUGGUGACUCUGGUGGUUCCGUACUGGCCCAGUGCUCUGUGGUUUCCCCUCCUACAACGAUUGGCUCUUUCCCCGCCUUGGAUGUUGCCACCACAAGCGGUGCAGACAACAUCACCCAGGACUCCCCAUCCAUUACUACAACAGAAUUGGAUGCUCUCCGUGUGGCAACUAUCAGGCAGCAAUUACUAAAGAAAAAUCUCAAUGCACAAGCGAUUGAGGACUUGUUGGCAGCAAAAUUAGCUCCCACUGGGACUAACUUAAGCUAUCGCAAGAACCAGCUUCGUUUCCUAGAAUGGGCCAUCAAGGAUGGAGUUUCCUUCACCUCGUUUACACCCGUAGAACUUGUUAACUUCCUCUCGGAUAUUCGCAGCCGCUACAACUUACAGGUCGCUACACUGAAAACUGUACAGGCUGCCGUAGCUCAUCUUCAUGAUGAACCAAAAGGUAUACGUGAGAGUUAA